AUGGCUUCCCUACGUCGCCCCUCCGCCGCGCCGCCCCGUGGGUCCAACACCGGCCCCAUCCAGAGUGGCCCCCGCCCACCUCUGCCAAAUGGCAACCAGAAACAGAAGCGCAAGUCCAAAGUCGGGGACAAGAUCAAGAAGCGUCUGAGUAUGCGCUAUACCGAUAACCAGUCAUUCUCCAUCGCCCCGCCUAUGCCCAGCCAGCCAGAUUACCUCGACAACGAUCCUUAUGGCGGCAUGGAAGAGCUUCCCCCCGACGAUGGUGCCGGCGGGACCAUGUUCAACGAAUACGGAUCACCGGAGUUUAACGAAUCUGCUUUCACCCAGCCUCUGCGCGUUACCGACCGCUCCAGCGAUAGGCAAGAACACCUCGCCGAUGAAGGCAUCAGGAGGAGGGGAGCGACAGAUGCGACGGCGAAUGAAGAGUGGGACUUGACGCAGUUGGGGGACGAAAAGCUGGACUUGCAAGCUUAUGUGAAGAAGGUGUUGACGGGGGCAGACGAAGAAGAGAAGAAGAGGCUGAAGGCGGCGCUGCUGAGGGAGAGGCAGUCGAAUAAGAAGGAAUUACAGCGAUCAGUCUUCAAGCACUAUGCCGAGUUUGUGACAAUCUCCAAGGAAAUAUCGACACUAGAGAACGACAUGCUGGAACUCAAGGAGCUGCUAGGACAGUGGAAAGAUCUGCCUCAACUGAUGGGUAUGGAAGACACCCUUGCCCCCACCCUUGACAAGAACGUCGAGCGCAAACGCACCCAACGAAACUCGGUCCUCGACCUCCAAAACCUCUAUCGUACGCAGCUCACCCAACUCUGGUCCAUCGUCGAAGGCUCCCAGAAAUAUCUUCCUGUCGUCCCGGGCAGACAUUUGGUGUUUGAAUCACACAAUGUCAUUGAACUCAACGCUGCGACUUACAAGCCAAAGCAGAGCUGUAGCAUGUUCCUGCUGAGUGAUGUGCUACUGAUAGCUGGCAAGAGACGGAUGAAAGGCGGAGGGAGCGCGGAGGUGGGCACGCAGGAUAAAGAGAAGGAGAGGGGCAGGUUGGUCGCGGAGAGGUGUUGGAACCUGUCGGAACUGGUUAUUGUGGAUGUUAAGGAUGGUGGUGAUUUGGUCAAUGUCAUCAAGGUGCAGAGAGGCAAGGAAUACUGCGUCUACAAGACCAACAAGUCCGACGAGAAGAGAGCCAUCUUGAGCGCUUUCAAGCAGAUUUCGCGAGAACUCAAUGAGAAGAAGCGAAAGGAUAAUGAAAAGGAGCAAGAAAGAAGAAAGACAAUGUGGCUGGGUGGAAAUGAUAAGGGUGGGGAUAGUUUGUCUGUCAUGGGAACCCCAGGACGAGCCUUGUCGACGAUCGGUCUAUCCAUGACAAACUCAAAAGACCUUCGUUGGAUUGAUGAGUUUGGAGAUGACCUGACGAUGGCUAUCGCCACCAGAGACUGGGAGAAGGCUUUGGCACUCGUCGAAAAGGGACAAGCGCUGGCAAAGACGAUCGAAUCUGAUCCUUCGGCCCACGCUCUGAUCACCACCCGACUCGACCAGCUCGUGCCCACUUUCGUCUCGUCCCUGUGCCACGACCUUUCCUCGCCGAGCCUCCGCAAAACCGCUUCCGCCCGCUUGAUUUCGCUCUUGAUCCAACUCGACCGCUCAGAACUCGCCCGAGACACGUUCUUGAAAGCUAGACGCGAAAUCAUGAUGCGGCGUGUGAGGAGCAUCAAAUGCGAGGGUGAUAUCAGCAGCUAUAUCAAUGAGCUGGCGGUGGUAUGUUUCACCAUUGUGAGACAUACGAGCGAUUGGUAUAUGAACGCGUUCAAAGAGUCGCGCAUGGCGUCCGGUUUUGUCACAUGGGCCAAAGAACAAAUUGAGACGUUCGUCGACCUUUUUAGACGCCAGGUUGAUGUUCCCGACGUCGACCAGAGCGUGGUGGACGAGUGUCUGCAUGUGACCGCUUCUCAGAAUCGCAAGCUGUUACGAGAUGUCGGACUCGACUUUACCUUUCUUCUCACCAGUCUACUCCAACCCUCCGCUGGCGCGCAAACAUACUUUGCCAUCACCUCACCUCACCCGUCCUCCACUCCUGUCUCAGGAAGAUCCCGAGACCAGACCUUCUCCGCCUACUCUGCUUUGUCCGACAGCACUAGCCGUCCAUCCAUAGCGCGCGAUAGGUCCAACUCUGGCUACACUACUAGUCCGACCAAGAUACGGGAGAGGUCGACAUCGGGGGCGAGUCGUGUGGCGCGAGAGAGAAGCGGAAGCUCAGUCCAGCAGAGUGUACCGCCCCUCAAUUUGGGAAGAUCGCUUCCACCGGCUGGGAGUGGUGCCAAUGGGAAUGGAAUGGGAAUGGACAAUGGAAGACAGACGCCAAGUGCACAGGGAUCACCAAGCCUACCACCUAGAAGCGAGAGACGGGCAAAGGCGGUGCCCAAAACGAAUAUGGAAGGGUUUUUAUAG